GGCGCGAGUCUCGAUAGAGGGACGUUUAACGGCAGAAAUGAGUGCAAAGAAACCCAAAAGCCCUGUGAGCAAAGUGAAAGGGAAAGAUAAGAAGAGUAGUGCAUCUCCAUCACCAGAGCCAAGCGGCAGAAGUUCUUCACGAGGCAAAGAGACAGAACCAGCACACCCGGACCACAUCCGGCCGCUGGUCCUGACCUCGGCCACGCAGGAGCUGUUCGGUUGCCGCGCCGACGAGGAUGUAACGCGUGAGAACCCCUACAAGCUUCUGAGGAAAGCAGACAUCGUCCUGGACAUGAGAACCCGAGCGGCCGUGUCGGACUUCAGCCCCAUCAAACAGACCGUGCUGGACUACCCUGAAGACGAGAUGCUGCUGGUGUUUGAUCAGGACUUCACCUAUGGUCAGGUCUUCUACCUGGUGGUCACGCCGGAGGCCAAACAGAGCGCAUUGUUUCCCCCAACUGUGAUAGAGGAAGAGAAGGAUGAAGAUGCAGAAGAUGUGGAGGUGGAAAAGAAGAGUCCUGAGCCCCGGCGCUGGGUUUCACUGGGCAGCGAGGGAGAGAUCGAGGAGAUGGCUACAGACACCAGGGACCCGAGUCUCCGCCACAAGGUCUCGCGGGUGAGACGAGCGUUUGGGGCUCCGGUGGUCUUCACUGACCUCAACGCCUUGGAGACGAAGAGCGCCUACACCGAGAGCGCCUCCACCCAGGACAAGAGCUUCAGCAUCAGGAAACUGCAGCAGGAGCGCGGGACUCAAGCCAUCGUUACCACCACAGACUCAUCCUCACAGACCACCUGGAAAUACCCAAAGAACAUGUGGACCCAGAAUGAACCUCAAGAGCUCACCGAGGAGGAGAGAGAGGAGAUCCUGCAGUCAGAGAACCUGAAGAACUUCCUCAGCUUCAAUGCUGCCAGGUUUGAAGUGGCCAUACAGCAGAACAACAUGAUGGACAUGUUUGAGGAUGAACUGUGUGUGCUGGAAGAGGGGGGUGUGUAUGAAGGGAAAGCCGACACACACCUGAAGGUGUACCAGACGUUCACUGAGCUGCACUACAGCAAGGACAAAGUCAUCAGCUACAUCAGCUGGCAUCCUACUAUCAGAGGUGUCAUAGCAGUGUCAGUAACAGAGCAGCACUCGUUUGAGGAGAGGAUCAACAGCUCCACCAAACUGCUGCUGAAUCCAGCGCUGAUUAUGUUCUGGAGCUUCUCCAACCCCAUCCACCCACUGUUGCUGCUGGAAUGUCCGGACCACGUGCUGUGCUUCCACUUCUGCCCCUCACACACCAGUGUUAUUGUUGGAGGCUGCAUGAACGGCCAGGUGGCGCUGUGGGACAUCUCAGGUCAUGUGGACCGACUGCAGGGAACUUACACUGACAAACCAACAGAAAUGAUCAACACGACUUAUGUUGGGGAGAAGCAGCAUGGCGACACUCCCGUGGUGCGUUACUGUGCCGUGUCUGGGAUCGAGACGGGACACAGAGGACCGGUCACAGACGUGCAGUGGCUCCCGGACAGCUACGAGGUCUCGAGGUCUGGGAUCCCGCUGGAGAAUAAGAGCCAGAUAUCAGUGCAGGUUGUUAGCUGUUCUCCUGACGGUUGUGUGAUGUUCUGGGACUUGCGUACUCCACAUGCAGUCGCUGCGUCUCUGACCGACAAGAAGCACAAAGACGAAGUGAAAACCCUUGAGAACCCUCAGGGAGUUCCUGACACAUUUAAACACCUCGACCUCAGCUGGAAACCUCUGUUUAAAGUGACUCUGCCUAAAACAGACACCGUUGGUGAAUACAGUCCGCUGAAGUUCAGUCUGAGAGACAUGUGUUGCACGACUGGAGUGGACAGGUCGGAGGUUCCAGUGUUCUCUGCCCUCACUGUGCCCUCCGCCAAACACCUGCAACACCUGGACACCAUCAGCACCAAAUUCUACAUCGGCACAGAGGACGGAGAGCUGGUGUACACCGACUGGAAACUGGAGAAGGACAACGAGUCAGGACGACUGUCUAGUCCCAAGCCCACUUACGUUUCUCAGGUGCACAACAGUCCAGUAAACACUGUCCUCCGUUCUCCAUUCUUUAAAGACAUUGUUCUGACUGUGGGCAGCUGGACCUUCGCCAUAUGGAAGGAGGGAGAUACGCAAGGUCCGAUCCUCCACUCUGCGUUUUCCCAGAGUAAGCGCACAGCCGGGUUCUGGUCUCUGACCCGGCCCGCUGUGUUCUUCAUCGGGAGAGAGGACGGCGGCCUGGAGGUGUGGAACCUGCUGGAGAAAACUCACGAGCCUGUAGUGGACCAGAACAUCACCACCGCUCCGAUCUCCUGCAUCAAACCCUGGAUUGCCUCCGCGAAGCAGCACUUCCUGGCCGUUUCUGACCACCUGGGCACGCUGCACAUCCUGCAGAUCCCGUGGACGCUCCGUCAGCCGGCUCCUAACGAGGAGCAGAGCAUGAGCAGCUAUCUGGACAGGGAAGUGGAGCGUCUGAGCUACUUUGAGAAAAGGCCAGAGGCGCAAGAGAGAGACUGGAGACUGGUGGAGCCUGAGGAGAAGGAGAUGGAGAAAAUGGAGGAUAAUCAGAUGAAGGAGCUGCAGAUGGAGGUGCAGAAGGACUAUGAGGAGUAUGCCGCAAUGGAGAAACUCAUGAUGAAGAACAUGGGUCUCACGAAAGAAACACAGGACACAGAUAAUGUCUGAAAAUACACAUACACAACCUGGCAAAAAAAAACACAUCUAGCCUACAUCAAGCAAAGAAAACAACUAAGGAGAUUGCUGAAACUUCUAAGAAAAACUCCUCCUCUAACUUCUAAGGAGGAGGUGAUGAACCCUCAUCUCCAAGGAAGACAUGAGAUCUGAAAGACAUCCUGGAUGAUCGUGAUGGGAGACUUCAACACUUAGAGACAUCGAAUUGUCAAACAACAUGAGAACUCAGAGCUGUGUCCUGUUUUUAAUAAACAGUUGUUGUCUGGGUUUCUGAUUGGUCUUUACAAGUGGCUCUCAGUCUGGAUUGUGAUUGAUCAGAAGGAAAUCUUUUAAUUCGAUAAGAUUUUAUUUAUAUAGCGCUUUCCACAAUGAGCAUGUUAAAAGCCAGUGAGUGGAAACCAAAAGU